GUCACCGAGGGCCCGAAAGUCGCAACCUCUCGCGAGUGACGAGUCGGCCCUCCGCGAACGCGGAGGUCCACCCGGAGGAGAAGAAGAGCAGGCAAGUGUCCUUUGCAGUCUCCGGGCAAACGACUGAGCGAGAGAUCGUGGAAGAGACGCGGUCGCUACCACAG